UCGUUCGGGAAAGGUCGUGAGUUUUUCGCACUAGAACGGCGCUUCUCCUUUUUCUCUUCGGUCCGACCCUAUUCAUCGCUUUCCUUUCAAACUUUUUUACGGCCUACUCGCCCUACAAUAGAACAUCCCCCAUGCCUCCUUAAUUCUUCUGGAGCGGUCGGCAUUAUGAGGAGCGGACUGUUUCUUGGCAGCCAACUCGUCGUCUACUCUCUGCUGAUUGUCGCCAACGAGAGUAAAAGAAUCGAAAUACAAGAAACAAAUCAAGACGACCGUCUCCGUCUCCGCAAACAUAGUUGUGUCUCAUCUCGUGCAGGUCAUCUGGGAGCUCUGCCUGGACUGUUCGUCGACCAGGACGGCAUUGACGGCUGUAAUCAUGACCAUGGACCGGCACCUUCGUUCAGUGCUCCGGAGAAUGGAUCGACCGUGAAAGGCCAUCACGGUGCCCCUGCCAAACUACAAUGCACCGUUCAAGAGCUCCAUCACCGAGCUGUGUCUUGGAUCAGAAAGACAGUGGAUGACUUGCAGCUGUUGACGGUGGGCGAAUCCAGUCACACGGCCGACCCGCGGAUUAGCCCCGAUUUUACCUAUCCACAUUUAUGGCAGCUCAAGUUCAAUCCAGCGAUGAUCAACGACUCAGGCACAUACCUCUGUCACAUCUCUACCGACCCACCACUCAUUCGCUACAUCCGCCUUGAGAUUUCAGUUCCAGAACCAAUCGUCGAGCUGGUCGACAGCUUGACGGACGCUGCGCUAUCCUCGGACCGGGUCCUCUACUAUCGAAUCGGCUCUAGCCUCGAACUGCGCUGCCGUGUCAAACGCUAUUGGAUCAAACCGACGCGUUUCCAUUGGCUCAAGUCAGGCAAUCCAGUGUCCGAUGAGCUGUGGCGCGGCGGAAUUAGCAUCUACACGGAAAUCACCAAACCUGGCCAGCUGGAAAAUAAGCUUAGCAUUGCCAACGCAACGAUCAACGACGGCGGGAAUUACACUUGCAGUCUAGAUUCAUUUUCUGUCAGUAUCGUUGUUCAUUUUCUUAAAGAAGAGAAACAAGCUGCUUCGCAGCACGCAUCAAAUGGUGUCCAUUCAUCAGUAAUGGAACACGCCUUCCAUCGAGGAAUGGCUUGUCAUUUAAUCCUCUCGUUUCUACUCCAAGUCGGCAUCUCUCAUCGCCAUUUAUUCCGUGCCAUUGAGCCAUGAAUCGUGCGAUUGAAUAUAUACUGCCAUUGAUUCCUACCUUCUCUUUCCCACUCUACAAAUCAAACGUCUGCAGGAUGUCGGCAUUCAGAUCUCACGGAAGAUCCAUUUCAUACGUCGAACUUCGAAUCCACUAGAGAAUCUAAUAUUUUUUAAUCAAUUUCCAAAGUCGAUUUUAUGUUCCAUACUUGUGCUUACCACGACAAACGAAUUUAAGAAACAAAAAACAAAAAACAAAAAAAAACGAAAUGAUAAAUUAUUUUGUAACUCUAUAACGUUUUCCAUAGUUUUCACCAUCGGCCACUGCUGAUGUAAACAUUAUUGGAUUGUAGUUUCAUUUUUAUAAACAUCUAUCCAGGGUCAAACACGUUGGAUACACCGA